UUGACCGGAAGUGCCUCGCAGGGAUUCUCCGGCUUCAUCGCUGCCCAAACUGGGGCUGUUUUCCCUAUUUAAUUAUCGACUCCAGAGUUGUUCUUUUCUACCUUGGGUGUUGCCUUCCCUUUCCUCGCAACUUUGGCGUUUCUUUCCAUCUAGUCUUGCCGUGUAGGAGGCAGGUGUGUGCCAAUACCUGCUUCGAUACCCAACUUUUUUUUAAUUAUUAUUAUUGAAGCGUUGUAACGUUCACGUCUUUACUGUUUUUUUAAAGGACUUAUUGAUUUUCGACUGGCGUUAACCGGCUAAGCUAACUGAGCUAAACAAGGAGCCAAAUGCAGGCCAUUAAGUGUGUGGUAGUGGGUGACGGGGCUGUGGGUAAAACAUGCCUACUCAUCAGCUACACUACCAAUGCUUUCCCCGGGGAGUACAUCCCCACUGUCUUCGACAACUAUUCAGCCAAUGUGAUGGUGGACGGCAAGCCGGUGAACCUCGGCCUCUGGGAUACAGCAGGACAGGAGGACUACGACCGACUCAGGCCGCUGUCCUACCCGCAGACCGAUGUCUUCCUGAUUUGCUUCUCAUUAGUUAGUCCCGCAUCUUUUGAAAACGUCCGCGCUAAGUGGUACCCCGAGGUGAGACACCAUUGCCCCAACACCCCCAUCAUCCUGGUGGGCACCAAGCUUGACCUGAGGGAUGACAAGGACACCAUCGAGAAGCUCAAGGAGAAGAAACUCUCACCCAUCAUCUACCCUCAGGGCUUGGCCAUGGCGAAAGAAAUAAGUGCCGUUAAGUAUUUGGAGUGUUCAGCUUUGACACAGCGCGGCCUUAAAACGGUGUUCGACGAAGCCAUACGGGCGGUCCUGUGCCCACCGCCUGUUAAGAAGAGGAGAAGGAAGUGCAGAAUUUUGUAGAAGCAGGAGUGUCGGGAACAGCUGCAGUCCAAACUCAGCCACUAAGAAGGAAGAGAUUGUUUCCCAGCUUUCCUGAUUAUUCUUUUUUUAAAUAUAUUUCAACGCUCUUACUAGAUCAGACCUGGUCCUUGUUUAUAAAAAAAAAAAAAAAAAAAAAAAGAAAUUAUAAUGCUAAUCUUUUGUUUGAUCUGGAGCAACAUGGCUGCUGAAAUAAAUCCAGUCCUUUCUAUUCAGUGUUGGGAUUAUGAAGUUGUUAUAUUUUACAAAGACAUUUUUACUUUCUAUAGAAAUUCCUGAGGCCUUCAGAGCAGGACAACUCCAUGAGAGAAUAGUCUGUUUUUAAAAAUAGGCUCUACAGCCAGGUUGUGGUAAAAUUCAUUAAUUUCUCCUUUUAUUAUUUUCUUCUCAAUUGUCAUUGAAGGACCUAUUGUUUACCCUCUGACUUAAGUCAGUCCGUUUCCUAGUUUUUUACUUGCAUAUAACAUUUAUGAAGAACCAGUUGAAUGCUUUGUGACAAGCGUAGUUGAAAUGUUUUUUAACAGCAGCUACUAAGCGAUGCUAGCAUCACAGUCGGUUAGAUAAAUAUGGAAGUUGUUUGAGAAUACAGCAUUUCAAUGCUAAGUGAUUGUUGGAGGUGCAGAGACUUUAUUAGUUGAAUUUCCUAUGGUAGUUGCUUAUCCAACAUUAACAUUUUACAAGCUCUUUUUAAAAGAGCUUUUCUUUUUUGAUCACACCUGUUGCAGUUUGUCAUGAGGAGCCCGUGUUUGUCCUACGAUGUGAUUGUCACCUGUAACCUUUGAAUGUUUUUGGUCCCCCCAACCCCCCAAAAAAGGAAGACUCAUUGUUUCAGUGGAAUGCUGAAAGCGCUCACUUUGAAUUGCAGUUUUGCCAAUACGGUAUAAUUUCACAUUUUAUAAAUAAAGUCAUCAAAAAUGCGA